GUCUCCAGAAAAGAAAGCAAAUUGAUAGAAGCAAAGAACACAAACAUGAGAAAAGUGGACGGACAUAACAAUAAACACAACCACGACAACGACAACAACAUCAUCAACAACAACAUCAACAACAUCAACAACAACCACAACAAUAGCGAACGUGUAAAUGGUUGUCUUAAAGAUCAAAGCCAUCCUAGUUAUUGCUUGGAUGCUGUUCAAAGUUUAACAAUUAACACAGCGAAAAUAUUCUCGCCACCAUUAUUAUCGCCAUCAUUCUCAACAACGACAACAUCAUCAUCUUCUUCUUCUUCAUCUUCAUCGUCUAACCACACCCAUGAUAACGUCAUCAACAACAUCAUUAACACAACAACAACAACACACAAACGACAAACCAAAGACACAAAUAGUCUCAUGUGGAUAAAUGAAGAGUUGCCAUGGUUACGAGCAAGUGUCGUUUCAGUAACUGGACCCAAACAUGCACCCCUCUUCACGGCCCAGAUGACCUUACGGGGCAAGACGUACGAGGCCAGCGGUCCAACCAAGAAGAUGGCCAGGCUGAACGUAGCAUCAGCUGUUGCCCUCUCCCUAUCUAAGUUCAAGCGUUCUUAUCAACAUCAAGAUCAUAGCGUGUAUCACCACUACCGCCAUCAUCAUCAGCAUCAGCAGCAGCAGCAGCUGCUGCAAGGGCAUGAGGAUCAUUUUCGUAGGGACGGUAGUAACAAACUGAUACGAUGGAAUGCUGUCUCUGUCCUCAACGACCUUCGUCCACAAGUCAAGUACAUCAAACUACAACAUCACAUCAGUGAGGAGAGCAGUCCAUUACACGGUCAACAACAACAACAACAACAACCACAACAACAACAACCUCAACAUCCGAAUGCAUAUCAACAUCAAAACGCACAACAAUACCAACUCAUAAUCAAUCCAUUCACAUGUGAUUUCUUCAAGUUCUCAUUAUCGGAGAGAAAGUUCGACAGUUACACCAACAAAAAUGUUAAAAAUGAAAUUGGAAAAAAUGGCUGGUUCAAUAAAAGCAACAACAACAACCAAAACAACAAUAGACAACAAAGACAACCUUUAGUUACUGUAUCCUUGAACGUUGAUAACGAAACUUUCAUAGGCUCUGGACCCUGUAUCAGAAUUGCUAAACAAAAAGCUGCCAAACUUGCUUUAAAGACUCUCUUUAAUCUAGAAAAUUUAUUUAAAUAAUGAUGUUAAGUUCGGUAUAAUGUUGCGAAUAAAAUUCUUUGGCUUGUUUUAUCAAUUUCGUAACAUUUUGUACAGGUUUUAUUAAAAUAUUUAACCAU